GGGUCAGGGUAGGGAGGAGGAGGCAGCAGCCGAACCGCGUCUCCGGGCCGGGCAGAGCCGAGCGCCACCCGCGCCGGGACCGCAGCCCGAACCGCGGCCGCCGCCAUGCGCUGGGUCCGGGCUCUGCUCAAGAAUGCGUCCCUGGCCGGGGCGCCCAAGUACAUCGAGCAUUUCAGCAAGUUCUCCCCGUCCCCGCUGUCCAUGAAGCAGUUUCUGGACUUCGGCUCCAGCAAUGCCUGUGAGAAAACCUCCUUCACGUUCCUCAGACAGGAAUUGCCAGUGCGCCUGGCCAACAUCAUGAAAGAGAUCAACCUGCUUCCGGACCGUGUGCUCGGCACGCCCUCGGUGCAGCUGGUGCAGAGCUGGUACGUCCAGAGUCUUCUGGACAUCAUGGACUUCCUGGACAAAGACCCUGAGGACCAGCGGACACUGAACCAGUUCACGGAUGCCCUGGUCACCAUCCGUAACCGGCACAACGACGUGGUACCCACCAUGGCGCAGGGGGUGCUCGAGUACAAGGACACCUAUGGCGACGACCCGGUCUCCAACCAGAACAUUCAGUACUUCCUGGACCGCUUCUACCUCAGCCGCAUCUCCAUCCGCAUGCUCAUCAACCAGCACACUCUCAUCUUUGACGGCAGCACCAACCCAGCCCACCCCAAACACAUCGGGAGCAUUGACCCCAACUGCAACGUCUCUGAGGUGGUCAAAGAUGCCUACGACAUGGCCAAGCUGCUGUGUGACAAGUACUACAUGGCCUCGCCUGACCUGGACAUCCAAGAGGUCAAUGCAGCCAACUCCAAACAGCCGAUCCACAUGGUCUACGUGCCCUCCCACCUCUACCACAUGCUCUUUGAGCUCUUCAAGAAUGCCAUGCGUGCCACGGUGGAAAGCCACGAGUCCAGCCUUGUGCUCCCACCCAUCAAAGUCAUGGUGGCCUUAGGCGAGGAAGAUCUGUCCAUCAAGAUGAGUGACCGAGGUGGAGGUGUCCCCCAGAGGAAGAUCGAGCGACUCUUCAGCUAUAUGUACUCAACAGCACCUACCCCCCAGCCAGGAACUGGGGGCACCCCACUGGCUGGCUUUGGUUAUGGGCUCCCCAUUUCCCGCCUCUACGCCAAGUACUUCCAGGGAGACCUACAGCUCUUCUCCAUGGAGGGCUUUGGGACUGACGCCGUCAUCUAUCUCAAGGCCCUGUCCACGGACUCAGUGGAGCGCCUGCCUGUCUACAACAAGUCAGCCUGGCGCCACUACCAGACCAUCCAGGAGGCCGGCGACUGGUGUGUGCCCAGCACGGAGCCCAAGAACACGUCUACGUACCGGGUCAGCUAGGGGCCACCAUCCCCUUACCCAGGAGGAUACAUGACCAUCUCUGGUUCCAGCCAACCAUACUGACCCCUCCCUGUUCAGGGCCAGGGACCAGGGCGGGUGGUGGGCUCUCCCUGAUGGCCAGGCUCAUCUCUGGGGACAUCACUGGUGGCCAGGCCACAGUGGUCCCAAAGUGCCAAUCUGUCUCAGGCGGGACACCCCGUCUCUGUGGGCCAUGCCUGAGGAUUGAGAUGGCCCACCCCAGGGGCUAUCCCAGGGCAUUCCUCUGUGUCACCAGACCUGUCCCGGGUCUCAUGCACUGUCCCUUGACACUGGUCCCCAUGUGGCUGCCCCUACUCGCCUUAUGCCCUAGUGCCAUGGCCCACCAUCAGUGUUGAGAAGGGACCCAGGGCUCCUGGACCUGGAAAGUGGGCAGCAAAGGGCUUGCAAGUCCGCUCUCUGGUCCCGACCUGGUCCUAUAGUUUCCCUCUCCAUGCUGGGUCUGAAGAUCAAGCUUGGCCAGAGCUGGAGGGGCGUGGGGCUCCCUCAGAGCCCACUCUAAAGUGUAAGAUCCCAGGAAGACCCUGAUGUCACCACUCAGCCACGCUGCUCGAGGCCCUACAGGUGGCCUUGGUAAUGUGUGCAUGGCCUCUGGAGCCUACCACGCAUGGCCUGUCACCCACAUCCCUCCCUCACCUGCCACACCGCUGUGGGUUCCCGCUCCUGCAGGUGGCCAUGCUCAGGCGGCUCCCUACCCCUCCACCCCUCGUCUGUGUACAUAGCUAGUUUUAUAGCCUUGAAUACCCCACCCUUCCCCAUAGCACACAGGGGGUUAAAGUUGUGUGCCCCUCCCUGAAGCUGUGACAGUGACAUCUAUAGUAAAAAGACUGAAUGAGA